ACGAAAGAUGAUGAACUAAAGCUAAACACUUUCCAUCGUAAGCAACUCCGAAAGAUUAUUGGACUGAAAUAUCCACAUAGAAUAUCAAAUAAACACCUUUAUGAUAGAUGUACGGCGAGACCCGUGUCACUAGAAAUUUUAGAAUCGAGAUGGCGAUUAUUUGGCCACAUCCUGAGACAAAACAGAAACAAUCCUACAAACCUGGCAAUCGACUUCUACUUCACCGAGACCAAUAACAGAAAAUUCAGGGGACGUCCAAGGACUACAAUAAUCACAACUCUCCAUAACGACCUAUAGUAAGAUCCAGUCUACCAAUACUCAAUAUCCUGCUCAACUAAAAAUUUAAAAUGAUAUGGAGAAAUUAAAAUUACUGGCACAAAACAGACACAUUUGGAAAGGGCUCAUCGAGGAACUAAGUAAAGCGGCCGAAGCGGAACUGUCAUCGGACUUUUCGGUGAUACGGCGAUGAUGAGGAUGGUGAUGAGGCAAACUACAGAGGAUGUUCAAGAAAAAGAAACCAGCGACAGGAAUCCCAUUCUUACCAGGUCCUUCAAUGGAAACCUCAGAUGUCAGCAAUACCAAGGCAGGGCAACCAGAAUCAAAUCUAGGUUAUGUGGAUGAUAAGCACUUAUAUCUUAUUGCCAAAGACAUGAGACUGGAAGGCGAACAACUAGGCCGCAGCCUGGGUCUUAGUUGGAGCAAGAUACAACAAAUAUGGAGUGAUAACAGACGAUUGCUGGACUGCAUAAUGGAAAUGCUGACAGAAUGGAGAAAACAACAGGACUAUGAGACAAAUCAAGUUGAGUUAAUGUGCAGGGCUUUAAAAGAGCAGGCACUCACCGAGCUUGCUAACAAGGUCUUUGGCUCACAAACAUCAGAGGAUCAAUCAUCCCAUGUACAAGCAAGUACAGAUCAUCCUUGUGGAAGAUUACAUCGAAUGAACCAGCAACAUGAUGGUCAGUCACUCAGUAUUGAUACAGAUAUCAUAUGAUAAUGAUAAAAAUGAUGAUAGUGAUACUGGAUA